CAGGUUGGGAGAUUAGUUUUCCAGUGUCGCUGCGCUCGUUGGCUCGUUAUCAUCAUAUCAACGAUUGGGGGUUCAAAGAUUCCCGUUAACAUAAGCAGAGAGCGUCCCUUUUGUAAUUCAGAAUUCGAGCUUUCUUGCUUGAUGGAGGUUGUUUGAUACUCGGAGCUCGGCGGCCCACCACAGCAGGAUUAAUGAUUGUAACGAAAGAUGAAAUUCACGGAACAUCUGUCAGCACACAUCACGCCAGAAUGGAGGAAGCAGUACAUCAUCUACGAGGAGCUGAAGACGAUGCUGUACUCGGCCGUGGAGGAGGCGCCCUCCGCGGAGCUCACCGAGCCCGAAAUCGUGACCCGACACAUAGUCAACUUUGACGACCACUUCUUCCAGCAAUGCGACCAGGAGCUGAAGAAGAUCAACACCUUCUUCUCCGAGAAAAUGGCUGAGGCCACUCGCAAGUUCGCCAUGCUGCAGAGCGAGUUGAAGGCGUCCCUGGACGCCAGCAGCCACUCCAAGACCGGCCUGAACAAGGCGCGCAAGAUGUUGACAGGAGGCGUGCCGGCCAGGAAGCUGCAGGACCUCAAGCUGGCCUUCAGCGAGUUCUACCUUAGUCUCAUUCUUCUGCAGAAUUACCAGAAUUUGAAUUUCACUGGCUUUAGGAAAAUUCUGAAGAAACAUGAUAAGCUUCUCAAGACGGACAGGGGUGCCAAGUGGAGGGCGGAACACGUGGAAACGUCACAUUUUUACACAAACAAAGACAUUGAUAGGCUCAUCAAAGAGACUGAAUCCACCGUGACAAACGAGAUGGAGAGCGGAAAUCGACAAAGGGCGAUGAAGCGACUGCGAGUGCCGCCUUUGGGAGAGCAGCAGAGUCCGUGGACCACUUUCAAGCUGGGCCUGUUUUCAGGCGCGUUUGGCAUUUUAUUCGUAACUGCAAUCCUAUCCAUUAUCUUAGGCUCUCCUCGAGACGACUGGUCGACAAUAUUCCAACUCUACCGAGGGCCGUUCCUGUUGAUCCUGUUUAUUUUCCUGAUGGGUGUGAAUGUGUACGGCUGGAGGUCGUCUGGAGUGAAUCACGUACUUAUCUUCGAACUGGACCCCCGGCACCACCUCUCCGAACAACACCUGAUGGAGCUGGCUGCUAUUUUCGGGGUCAUCUGGGCGCUCAGUCUGCUGGGUCUCCUGUUCAGCGAAAAACUCAGCAUUCCUGCCUACUACUGCCCAGUUUCCAUGGCCGUUGUGAUGAUAAUAUUCUUGGUUAAUCCGAUAAAAGCAUUUCAACAUGAAGCACGGUUUUGGUUGCUGCGAGUGCUGUUCCGAAUUAUCACCGCACCGUUUUGGGCCGUGGGCUUUGCUGAUUUCUGGCUGGCCGAUCAGCUCAACAGUUUGGUUUACGCGCUCAUCGACUUUCACUUCUUCAUCUGCUUUUUCUUUUCCAAUCCUGCAUGGGAAACUUUCGACCGGAAUACAAAGAUCGGAAUCGAAAGGUGCAAUGAUGAAGCUUGGAUUACCCUUCCAAUUGUUAACGCGUUACCUGCUUGGUUCCGCUUCGCGCAGUGCCUGAGACGUUACAGAGAUUCGGGUGAUGCUUUCCCUCACCUUGUGAAUGCGGGGAAAUACUCCACCACAUUCUUUGUUGUACUUUUCAGUGUCCUUAGAAAAUACUAUGAGGCUGAUUACCAAAGUCACGCAGAGAACCCUUUCUUUUACGCCUGGAUGGUUUCUGCGAUUGUUAGUUCCUCUUACUCAUACGCUUGGGACAUUAAAAUGGAUUGGGGUUUUUUCGACCAGAAUGCAGGAGAGAAUAGGUUUUUGCGCGCUGAAGUUGUGUACUCAUCUAAGAAUUACUAUUACUUUGCCAUCAUCGAGGACCUGCUUAUAAGGUUUUCCUGGGCAUUUAGUUUUUUGAUAGUGGAGAAUGGAUACCUUUCAAAGCAAUACAUGACGUUUACUGUUUCAAUUCUGGAAGUAGUGAGGCGCUUUAUUUGGAACUAUUUCCGAUUGGAGAACGAGCACCUCAACAACUGCGGUAAUUUCCGUGCCGUCCGUGAUAUUUCCGUGGCGCCUCUGGACACAUCAGAUCAAGCCGUCAUCGUUCGGAUGAUGGACGAGAGCGACGGCGUGCUGCACAGGCGAAAGAGGAGACCAGCAAAGAAUAAGGACGAGACGACGCUGUGCUUGCUGCAGGAGGAAGUGCCUGCACCGUCCGGGGACAACCUCGUUUGAUCUACCACAAGUUUCCUCAGGAUUUUAAACUUUCCCUAAUUUCCCUCUCUCGAUAUCUCUCUCGUUGUGGUUACCAAACUUGCUAUUUGGCACUCUUGUUGAAAACUCUGGAAAGUUUAGGGAGCGCAAGCAUUUGAUCGCAUUAGGAAAAUGCUGCAUGGCAAGGAUUACGCUACGAAAAUUAGAUGGAUUUCAUUGGAAUGUGAUACUCUUUGUGUAUAUUGAUGGUUUACUAUAGUCGAAGAAUUGUUGAAAGAGAGCCGCAUUUACUGUUUUUACUGACACACGUGUGUAUUAAGCAAUGCGUAAACAAGAAGUCUUAAUAGAAGGGACCAUUCCGGAACCUGAAAAGUGCUAAAAUUGUGUUGUGAAAGUAUAAAAGUCAGGAAAGAGAAUCUUAAGCUUUUCUUUGUUUCAUAAAUUAGGUAAGUGUGCGUCGCACACCUCACACUCGAGUAUGGGUCUUAUUUUAGUACAGGGUACAGCCAUAAUUUUAGCCAAAUCAAUAAAGUUCUGAAACUGCCAAUAUAUGUAUAUAAUAAGCGGUUGUAAAAGUGCUUAUUAUGGAAAUCCAGGUUUGCCGUUUCGCCAACCUGGGAGACAAGUAGUGCAAUAGGUUAUUUAUUUAGUUAUUGGCAAGUAGUCUCCAGUCCGACAACAGUGAAUCAAUUUGUAUUCAGUUAUUGUGUUUUCCCCGACGCCUUUAAUGUCUGCUAACCUCUCCGUUAGAUUGUGAAGCGAUGAGGCAAUUAUUGAGGCCGUAAGCUUGGAGACACCGCAGCCUUUAGACAAAGGCUAGAACUAUGCGUGACACUUUUGGUUCAAUGAAAUUCAAAAUAUGUUGCAAACUCACACAUUCUUUGUCACCUCUUUCAACCAUUGCUGUCUCAAAACGCAAGAUUUGACCAUUCAAUUCCCUGAAUUGAUAAUUAAGUUUUUUCCAAAAUUAGUUGUAUUGCAAAAUAAAUUGAUGAAAGUGCUUAAUAAUGAAUUAUA